CCCUAGUUCCGGACGUCGCGCAACCUCCGCAUCGAUAAAGAAGCCAGUUUCUUGCGCUUGUGCAACGCAGUGAGAUUUUUCCCUGCAAAGGAGGCGAUUUAGGGAUUUUGAAGUCCGAUCGCACUGGAAUGGCUCUGGAGUGGGUUGUCCUUGGAUACGCUGCCGGCGCAGAGGCGGUAAUGCUACUUCUCCUUACUCUACCAGGGCUUGGCCGUCUCCGCGCGGGGCUUGUGACGGUGACGCGGAACUCGCUCAAGCCGAUGCUAUCGGUUGUGCCGUUCUGCCUCUUCUUGCUGAUGGAUAUAUACUGGAAGUACGAGACGCGGCCGACGUGCGACCAGGAGCACGCGUGCACGCCGAUGGAGCACCUUCGCCAUCAGAAAUCGAUCAUGAAGAGCCAGCGAAAUGGGCUCCUGAUAGCCGCCGCGCUGCUACUUUACUGGCUUUUGUUCUCUGUCACAAACCUCGUUGCUCGCAUCGAACAGCUUAGCCAGCGCGUCGAGAAGCUCAAGCGGCAGGACUGAAAGGAGAUCCGCUGGGAAGGAAGGCCCGGUUGGUGAAGGCUCGAUACUCUAAUCUUUUCCAAUGCUUUUAACUUUCUUUUGUCCCGUUGACUGGUAAAUCCGUGUUUCAGAUUUCAGCCGGCUGUUUGUUUGUUUUUGAGUCUAUGCUCUAUUGGUCUUUAUUUGUGUACAACCGAAACUUUUAUGGUUCUAUAAGUUGUGUUUUUCAAAUAAUGCUUUACUGCUCUUGUUAGAGGAAUUCCUUCAGUUCGUACUUACGAUUGUUGUUCUGUUUUUAAUCGAUUAAAUCAUUUAAACGAUUGAAUCA